CAAGGCAAACAAACUUUCAUCAUCUCUCACAACUCGCAACAAUUUCAAUGGGCCUCAGAAUGGACAAUAUACAUGCGCCGACCGUGGCGUCAGGCCCCAACAGCACACAGACAAAUGGCGACGGAAGGGAGAAGUUGUCGCUGCCAGAGCUCAUCGCUCAGAAGGAUCGCGUAUGGAGCGAGUUGUCGGCGCUGGGCUCCGUUUUGGACAGUCAUGGAGUCAACAUGAGCACCCCUCUGACCACCUUUGAUGGCUACCCUCGCCCCGAUCUCGACAUUGCCCAAAUUCGCACCACUCGCGCCCGCAUCAUUCCCUUGAAGAACGACUACAAAGAGUUGAUGGCGCGUAUCGAGAAGGCCAUGCACGAACACUGGGAGAACGCUGCUGCAGCACCACCUCAACCCCCAGCACCCGCGGCAGUCUCAACAUCACAACCCGCAGCCCAAACAGCUGAAGCCACACGAAACUCACGUGUCGCAUUGGAAGCACCUUUCGCCAAAGUCAACAGCGUGGUCGCUUCGUCCCCAGCAGCCACAGCAGGUCUCAAGCCCGGCGACAAGAUUACAAGAUUUGGGGAUGUGGAUUGGAUGAAUCAUGACAAGUUGAGCAAGGUGGCACAGACGGUGCAGCAGAAUGAGGGUGUGGCUAUUACGGUCAAGAUUAUUAGACCUGCUGCGACCGGUGCUGCUGAGCAGAGGUUGGAGGUGCAACUCACGCCACGACACAAUUGGGGUGGCAGAGGAAUGUUGGGCUGUCAUCUGUUGCCUCUGUGAGGGCAGAAAGCCAACAAGGCUGCGGCCUAAAGAAAACACAAGCUGCGAGACUGCGAGAAUGAUACCCAAAGUGCGACAAGACGACGAGAUUAUAUGGAGAUGAGACAGCUGCUAGCAAGAGACAUGCGGCAGCGACAGCGACAGCAUAUAGGCGGAAAGACAGUAAGGCAGUGAGAGCUGCAACCUAUGACAGCAUUCACGGCUUUCUUGCCGGUCUUGGAAGGAUGGUAUACUCCGGCUGGCAUAAAUCCAGCAUUACAGCCUAAUGCUUAGAAAUCAAGACAUGGAUACUUUUUCAAGACAGGGUUGAGG